GUCGUCGCGAGUAGACGUGUUUUUCGGUAGCAGCUAGUGAUUGCAAACAAAGUGUAUAAUACAGUGUGCAGUGUUUCUUCAGGUGUUGUGUAUGUAUUGGUCGUGCAGCUCAACGACUACCAAUAAUAGCCUCGACGCUUUGGAGGAUUAAUCGAAAAUUUUCACCACAGCUAGUUCAUCCAUUCAUAAACACUAUCUUUGCGCGAGACGAAUGACGAAUCAACAGUAGAAUAAUCGGCGAGAAUUACAAUCAUGAAGUGCUGGCGCAGUAGGCUGGUGGUAAAUGUUUUGAUACUACUGGCGAUAACCCUAGCGACGGUAGUGCGUUGCCAGGAUGAACAGCAGGCGACGACGGACGUGGCCGAUGGAGGUACCGCAGCAGGCGCUGAUGAUGUGAAGGAUUACUUGAUCAGCGGACUCCGUCUGGAACACGAACUCGUAAAGGAGCAGGCUGACGAUCCGUCUACUCGGACGAGCGGCGAAAGCUUCGUCGCCAUCCACGUAGAUGCACUGGGUACUAAGGAGCAACUGCGGCCGUCUCUACGUGGUCUGUCGUACAUUGCUAUAAGUUUCCUGCCGAAGGAUUUGACCCUGCAGGAAGUCCUAUCGGCAACUAGAGAAGUUGUCGCUGGAGUUCGCUACGAACUGGUAGUCAAAGCCUUAGAUCCUGAACAGUUAGAAGUGUUUUGUAAGCUAACUGUCCUUGAGAAACCCUGGUUAACCACGGAGAGCGGUGACAAGUACCGUAUAUUGGAGUACACGAACUGCACAUCCGGAGAGGAUACUACCGAAACGACUGAAGUCGUGACAAAGCUGAAUCCCAUUUUUGAUCCAAAUGUGCGAUCUCAGCAAGAGAUGAAUCCAUCCAGGUUCAAAGAUUUAGUGAGUCAGAUUAUUAUCGAGAAGAAAGUCGCGGAAAGCAGUUCUGCAGCUCCAGAGCCGUCUUCUUCUACCACAGAGCACCCAACAACUCCUGUAUUGAGCGAAUCCUCCAAGGAUGUCCUCGAUCAGUUGUUCAUGUUUGGCAGCGAAGCUCAACCACCCAGGAGGAUUGCAACGGAUACCAACGAGGGUGACCGAACUGUCGAUGAAGAAGUUAUAGUUCCGAAACGUGUACAACCACCUCAAUCGGACUUGACAAUAACGGAAACACCAUCGCCGGAAACGACAACCAUGUCGCUUGAUCAGCAGGUACAAUCAACGUUCGAAGAAGUGUUCAAAACCCAUCAGGAGAUCCAGAAAGCAUUGGACGAAGUCAUUAAACGAGGCGGUGGCCGAGACGUCCAGCAAAAGUACGAACCAGUGUUCGCCUCACUUCUGCAAAAGGUCAAAACGAGUAUCGAUAACUACUAUCGAACUGUCAACCCAGGCGGAGGUGAUGCCAACGUAGAUACGGCGGCGUUCGUCAUCAGAGAUAGCAUGACGCUUGCGCAGAGCGCCACUCCAGCAAAGCCGGACGAUAACCAUAACUCUUCCGAGAGCAACGAUCUGGACGAUCAACAGCAGCAGCAGGUGAUUCAACUGGACUUUGAUGUACUCCCGACACAACCUACAGAGACUCCACCGAAGAUCGACUCGGUGGUGAUGCACUUCAGCGAUGACAGCGAUGAGCAGCAGCAGCAGCAACAGGAAGAUGUUCAACGACCUCAGACGCGCGAGGAGUUGAUCCGCGACCUGAAUGCCGAUGACUCCCAGCAACGCAACAAACGUGCUCCCGAUUCGCAUUCUUUCGAACAUGGCUAUUUCAACCGCAAUCCGUUUUUCGGCAGUCAUUCUCACGAAUCCUAUGAACACCACAGACAUCGGCCUUACGGAUACAAUCCGUACAACAACUACAACUCGUACAACCCCUACAACCCGUACAAUAGUUAUGAACGGUAUCCGCACUUUAACCAUUACCGAGGGAAACGAUUUGUCGAGAUGGAUCUGAAAGUUGCCGAUCAGAAGGAGACCACGGAAAUGGAGAAGAUGAUCAGUGAAGCGAUCGAGAUGCUGGACCACAUGGACGCCGAUCUGUUCAAGCGGAUCUUGCUGGAGGUGAUCAGCGUCAAGCGAAUUAACCAGUUCAGCAGUGCUGUCGAACAAAAGGGAGACCUGUACGUGGCGAGGGUCGUCACUGCCAACUCGCAUUGCAUCGAGGAGGUCGAGGAAUCGGCCAAGUGCAAGGCACUGCUGAUCGACGGCAGCAACAAGUUCUGCACACUUGAGAUUCGUGCCAAGGACAAAGAAGUGCGUCUGGUGAAGUCGGAAUGCGUCCCGAACAAACUGUUGGGUGGACACCGCGAGGUGGAUCUGUCCGAGCCGGAACAUCAGCAGCGUAUUCAGGCCGGUCUGAAGGGAUACGCCAAGGGGAAGAUGAGAAGUUCGCGUUUCGUCAUACGCUGUGGUACGGUUCAGGUUGUUGCUGGAACUAUCCAUCGCUACACCGUUGAUCUAGUGGACAAGGAUGAACAGGUAACCAACACAUGCAACGUGAAGAUCUACACGCCGAUACAGGACGCCCCGGAGUACACCUUCGACUGCCAGGAAGUAUCCCGUCGGGUCGCCCGAGAUGUGGAACGUAAGAAGCUCAGCAAAGGUCCAAAGACCGGUGCCCCAAUGGAGAUGACUCCGGAAGAGUUCAACAAACCGGAACAUGCGGAGCGCAUCCAGAGUAUUCUACUGACUUCGGGGGGAUCAAAUACUGAGCGUAAGUAUAGGAUCGUUGAAGCAACGCAACAGAUAGUGGCUGGUAGCCUCUUCACCUACAAAUUGGUCUUCACCGACGAUCCGGACAAACGAGUUUGCACACUGACCUCGCAUGAGCGACCUUGGCUGAAGGAGAAGUCGCCGUCCGAAGCCAGAAAGGUAUCAUUCUCCUGUCCAGAGGUCAGCAACAGUCGCCCAAAGCGCUCAUUCUGCGCCGGAUGUCCUACGGCUUUGUCCCCGAAUGAUCUGCAAGACGUAGAACACAAGCAACGAGUUAACAAGAUUCUUCUGGACAAAGUUGUCGGAUCGCAAGGAGAACUGGAAUCUCUGUCACCGGAAAUCUUCAACGCUACAAGCAAAGUGGUUCAGGGUAUGUUGUACACGUAUUUCGUCGGCUUCAACAUGCAAGGUGUCCGUCGAGUAUGUGAGCUGACCGCAUGGGAACGUCCUUGGCUAAGUGAGUCGGAGGCCUACAAAUACACCGCUUCUUGCGUUGAACAGGAGGAUUCUAAUGCGAUACGCAAGCGCUCCAAACGAUCAGCUUUCUGUGUCGGAUGUCCGACUGCCAUAACUGACCUAAAUGGCGGAGAACACAAGGAGCGCGUUAUCAAGAUAUUACUCGCAAAGGUAGCUGGAUCUGAAUCGCAACUUAAAUCCAUGCAACCGGAAAUCAUCAAUGCAACCAGCCAGGUGGUGCAGGGAACCAUGUACACGUAUUUCGUUGCCUACAGACUAGAGGACUCGCAUCAGGUUUGCAAGCUUACUUCCUGGGAGCGGCCUUGGCUGGACGGAGCGGAGGCCUAUCAAUACACUGCCGAAUGUGGAGCAGGACAAGGCGAUUCCAACAACCUACGAAAACGUAGAUCAAAGUCCAGAAGCAAACGGGCCUUCGGAAACCCUCGGGUACUGACCGAGGAAGAGUUGCAACAGGGCGAACAUAUCAAGCGGGUGGAUGCCAUUCUGGCCUCCAAUCCGGGCGUUGGUGCAGCAAGCCCGAAGAUCGUCAACGGUACCGUUCAGCUGGUAGCGGGUAACAGCUAUACGUACUACAUUGCGUACACGGUGAACGGCGAGGAACGGGUCUGCCAGCUGAAUUCCUGGGAGCGACCGUGGCUAGAGGAAAAGCAACCCGAGGAGGCUUACAAACGCACGGUAAAGUGCGACGGUACCGAUGAGAGCUCGGUUGCUCGGGCACGUCGUCAUGCCAAGAAAACCGGCGCUUCCAAUGAACUGUCCGCCGAGGAUCUGAAGGACAAGAGCCACGUCGAGCGGAUCAAGGCCGGACUGGUGGCGUACAACACCGAAAAGUCCAAAUCGUAUGAUGACUUUGAAAUCGUUAAGGGAUCCGUCCAGUUGGUAGCCGGUUCCCUAUACAAGUACACAUUCAAGGUGAAGAGCGAACCGGAAGUAGUCUGUAAGAUUUCCGUAUGGGAGCGCGUUUGGUUGGACACCCAGGACCAGCGUAAGUACAACGUCAAAUGCGAUGGAGAUGACGAGCCGGAGCAGGAGCAAAAGUUGGCCGCUUCCAAGCGUUCGGCACGCUCGGUUCGCCCUCGGCAGUCCGACUCGGACGGCGAAGGUCACUACUCCAAGGGGGAAGACCAUGCCCGGCAUUUGUUCGAGAAGUUCAAGCUGAAGCACAGCCGCGAGUACCAGAGUAGCUUGGAGCACGAAAUGCGGUUCCGUAUCUUCAAGAACAACCUGUUCAAAAUCGAACAACUGAACAAGUACGAACAGGGAACGGCCAAGUACGGUAUUACGCACUUUGCCGAUAUGACCAGCGCCGAGUACAGGCAACGAACCGGUCUGGUCGUUCCAAGGGAUGAAGAUCGAAAUCAUGUGGGAAAUCCCAAGGCCGAGAUUGACGAGAACAUGGAAAUUCCGGAGGCGUUCGAUUGGCGAGAGUCGGGGGCUGUUUCACCGGUGAAAAAUCAAGGAAACUGCGGAUCGUGCUGGGCUUUCAGCGUUGUCGGUAACAUCGAAGGUCUUCACCAGAUCAAAACCAAGGUCCUCGAGGAGUACUCCGAGCAAGAGUUGUUGGACUGCGACGCAGUCGACAGUGCCUGCCAGGGAGGAUAUAUGGAUGAUGCCUACAAAGCAAUCGAGAAGAUCGGUGGCCUAGAGCUGGAGAGUGAGUACCCGUAUCUGGCUAAAAAGCAGAAAACGUGCCACUACAACAGCACCAAGGUUCACGUCCGCGUCAAGGGUGCCGUCGAUCUGCCGAAGAACGAGACGGCCAUGGCCCAGUAUCUGGUCGCCAACGGGCCCGUCUCGAUCGGUUUGAACGCCAACGCCAUGCAGUUCUACCGGGGUGGAAUUUCGCACCCGUGGCGCCCGCUGUGCAGCAAGAAGAAUCUGGACCACGGUGUGCUGAUCGUCGGCUACGGCGUCAAGGAGUAUCCGAUGUUCAACAAAACGAUGCCCUUCUGGAUCGUCAAGAACUCGUGGGGUCCCAAGUGGGGCGAGCAGGGCUACUAUCGGAUCUUCAGGGGUGACAAUACCUGCGGUGUCAGUGAGAUGGCAUCGUCGGCUGUGCUAGAAUAGUGGACUCCUGUGUAGUAGGAUGAAGCAGCUUGGGUCCGUUUGGGAGAUGACAAUAAUAUCUACCAUUUAUCUAUAUUUACUGUGGAAUCUAUUUGUCAGCGAAUGUUAGUUCUAGAAAGCAAUAUUGAGUGUAUUCUUAAUCCUAUGACUUAUAUUACUAGGUGUUCUAUUUUAUUUUUGACUAAAUAGACAGAAGGCUGUUCCAUGAUUUGACGUGACACCUGGUUAUAAGUAGGAAAAA